AUGGCGGCAUUUUGCUGUAGGGAUUCAUCUCGAAAUGUUUGUCUGUUGUUUGCUUCUUUGAGUUUUCCCGCUUAUACCUUUCUCCUGUCUCUCCGUUUCUCAUUUUCAUUUUCACCCCCUAUUUCAACAUUUAUUUUUCUUCCUUGUUUUUUUUUUUAUCUCCUUGAUUUCUCUUACUCGCAUUUUUCAAUUUUUCCUUUCUUUCUUUUUUUUCUUUCUUUCUUUCAUUUAUUUUCUUUUGUUUUUAUCUUUUCGUCUUCCUUCCUCUUUUUCUUUGUUCAUUGUUCGCUUCCUUCCACCCCUCUCCCCAUUUACUUUGUUUUUCUCUUUCACUCUCUUUCUCCUCUAUUUCUAACCUUCUUUUUCUUUCUUUCCUUACUUUCUUUAUGUCUUACUUUUGCUUCUCUUUCCCUCUUACUUUUCUCUCUUAUUUUUCCUUCUCUUUUUAUUUCUGCUUUUUUCUUCCUAUUUUCAUUCCUUCUUCAUAACAUUUUUUUCUCUUUUUUUCUUCCUGUUAAACCUUUUUCCUCUCAUUUAAAUGACGUUUUCUGCCUUCCCCUCUUUUUUUUCUCUUUUUCCUUUUAUUUCUUCUAUUCUCUUUCCCUCCUUUUUUUUUCUUUCUUUCUUUCUCUCCUUCCUAUCUCUUACCUGAUCCCUUUUCUUCAUAUCUCUUUUCAUACUUUGCCCCAUUGUACCUUUUGCAACAUCUCUUAUUUUCUUCUUUCUAUCUCUCUCUCUCUCUUUCUCUUUUUAUUCCUUUAUUUCUUUUUUUCUUCUUCUCCUUUUACUUGUUUUUUCUUCUUUUCUUUUCUCGUUUCACGUUUGCUUCCAUUAACCGUUCCAAUAAAUUCUCCUAAAUCCUUUCAAAUCCUCUUUCUAAAUCCCAAUCGCUCUGUUUCUUGCUUUAUUUCCCAAGAAAACAAAAGUUCACCACCAAACUUUCUUUCUUUUACCGGAUCAGCUCAUUUUCUAUAUAGUAUAUCGGCACUUUUUUACUCCUUUCUCUCUAUCACGCAUUUUUAUCUAUCUAUCGCUCUCAAUCAUUUACCCUCUCCCUCCCUCUCUCUCUCUCUCUCUCUCUCUCUCUCUCUCUCUCUCUCUCUUUGUAUCUUUUUGUUGUUAUUUUCUGCCUUUUCUUCUUUUGAAUUCUCUUUUUUUCCCUCGUCUCCUUUUUCUCUCCAACCCUCUUCGUUUUCUUUCUUGCACUAUUUCAUCUUUUGUUUAACACCCACCCACCCCGGUCCGGUCUCUUACCAGCAAUAUUGUCCCCCUUUUUGCUUCAUGUCUAUCUUUAUCGAAUUCCCAUUUCGCCGAUUUAAAUCCUCUAAGGAGUAUGUCUUCUUAAGACAGAUGGUCCUCACAAACUGUGGCUCACCUCUCCUGGGAGAGAAUAUUUGGACUCACUUCGUACUUUUCAGCUUGACCGUUGGUAAGAGAAAAACAUUAGCCGGGGAUUGUGCCGAAACAUAA